ACGUUCGUGGGUGCAGUCCAGCCGCCCGGCUCUCGCCCCCUCGCCCCCAGGCUGGCAGACGUGUCUUAUCGCGCUGUCUCUGGGCCCCGCAAGUCGUUUGCAUUCGUUUUGCAAGUGUAGCUGGCGUACGUUUAUUGCGCGAUGCGCCUGUGCGUUGUGUGCUAAUUACCAUGCACGUGUGGCUGGUCUCCAUUUAUUGCGUGCUUCACCACUUCGGUUCGUUGUGUGCUAACUACUAGGCGUGUGUGGACUGUUUACACUUAUUGUGCAAUCUGGUAGUUAAUUGCAUACUAAUUACUGCGCACGUGCAUCUGGUCUCCACGUAUUGCGCGAUUCGCCAGCUGGUUGCAUGCUAACUGCUGUGCACAUGUGGCUGGUUUAUAUUUAUUGUGCGAUCCACCAGUUAAUUGCAUACUAAUUACUGUGCACGUGUGGCCGGGCUCCAUUUAUGACGCGAUUCACCAGUUCAUUGUAUGCCAGCUGCUGUGCACAUGUGGCUGGUUUACACUUAUUGCACAAUUCACCGGUCUGUUGUGUGCUAAUUACCGUGCCCGUGUGGCCGGUCUACACUUACUGCACAGCUGCCCAAUAAAUGGCGUGAUGUGUGUAACGUGUAGCGCAGGGGCCUGCCUCAGUGCACAUCUUCCCACCGUCCUUGACAAAGUUUCUACAUGGGUUUUAACGAGCCCAUGGCUCUAACGAGCUGGGGGGACUGUGCAAGGCCUCCUGGGAGAGGACACUGCCAGGUUUUAUGCUUCCGGUGGGACCGGCGCCCUGGCUCCGGGGGCCUGGGAGCAGCCUCUGCGGGGUGCCCGGGGCGACUCCUCACGGGCCAUGUCGUCUCCUCCCAGAGAGCUGCCUGAAUCUGGAGCUGCGCUUCACCCCGUUCCAGCUCUACCACGCCGAAGUGUGCGUCGGGGACCAGCCCGAGACCGUCUUUCUCCUCAGCGGGAACGACCCCUGCAUCCACCUCUACAAGGAGAAUGAGGGGCUGCACCAGUUCGAGGAGCAGCCCGUGGAGGACCUCUUCCCCGAGCUCCAGGAGCUGCCCAGCAACGUGCUGUGGCUGGACGUCUGCAACCUGCCUGGCUCCGGGCAGCGGCUCACGGCCCUCGGCUGCCAAAGCGGCUACGUCCGGGUAGCCUGGGUGGACCAGACCAGCAGAGUGGUGCUACAGAGCUGGAGCAUCCAGCAGGAUGGGCCCAUCUCCAGGGUCCUGGUGUUCCCGCUGCCCCUCCAGGAGCCAGCCCCGAGCGGUGACACUGAGGACCCACCGCAGGGUUACAGUGUGCUGGUGAGCAGCACCAUGGAGCUGACUGUUGUGUACCGGGACGUGCUGCGCCAGGGCCUGGGCGACCAGCUGGUGCUGCCGGGCAGUGACCAGCACGACAGCGUCCUCUGCGCCCUGGUCACUGAUGUCGACUUUGAUGGUGCCCAAGAGAUCCUGCUGGGCACCUAUGGACAGGAGCUGCUGUGCUACAAGCCCCGGGGCCCGGGGGCCGAGUUCCAGCUGCGUUGGCGGCGGAGCUUCCCCAGCCCCCUGCUCUCCCUGCUCUACGCCGACCUGACGGGUGAUGGGCUGCGGGAGCUGGCUGUCGUCUGCCUCAAGGGGCUGCAUGUCCUGCAGCACAGCCUGACGCAGACGGCGCAGCAUCUCCUGGAGCGGCUGGGCGGCCCCGGGGCCCCCGGAUGGGGAGACGGGGCCGGAGUGACGCCCGUGGGCAGCUGGGAGCCAGAGGGCUCGGGGCCACGGGACCUUACGCUUUGCAGACGCCCCCCUCCCCUGGCCUUCCUGGAGCAGCGUGGCCCCCAGCGCCUGGACUCCUGGGUUCUCAGCCCCCGAACGUCACCCCCUCCAGCGGAUGUAAAUGCUCAUUAA